UCUACAGGGACGUCAUGCAGGAGAACCAUGAGACAGUGACCUCGCUGGCAGGAUUCCCCGUUCCCAAACCUGACCUGAUCUCCCAGCUGGAACGAGGGGAAGAGCCGUGGGUCCCAGAUCUCCAGGCCUCUGAGGAAAGUGUGAGCCCAAGAGGCACCUGCACAGCAGGUGAUAGGACAAUGAGUGAGAACAAAGAGGAGAAUCAGCAGCAGGAAGGUCCUGAGCAAGUGGAACCACAUGAGAGGUUUUUGAGCAGAGCUGAAGGGAAUUUUUCCCAGUGCUUGGAACAGGGAGAAGCCUGGGGAGAUCAACACGGAUCAGAGCUGCAGCUGGGAAACUAUCCCAGGAAGAAACUGGAUGAAUCCUCUGAAUGUGAUGGAGGAUGGAAGGAUCUCAAGGAAACCACCAUCCAGAAGACAAGUCACAAUGAAGAGAAACCCUACAAAUGCCUGGAGUGUGGGAAAAGAUUCCAUUUCAGUGCAAACCUUCUUACACAUCGGAGAAUCCACACAGGAGAGAAGGCCUACGAAUGCUUGGACUGUGGGAAGACCUUCCGUCAGAGGUCAGGCUUUACUACACACCAGAGACUGCACACAGGAGAGAAACCCUAUAAAUGCUUUGGCUGUGAGAAAAGCUUCGUACACAAGUCCAGGCUUAUUGUACACCAGAGAGUACACACAGGAGAGAGACCCUAUAUAUGCCGUGAGUGUGGGAAAGGUUUUAUUCAGGGCUCAGGGCUUAUUAGACAUGAGAUCAUCCACACAGGAGAGAGACCCUUUAAAUGCCAUGAGUGUGGGGAAAGUUUUAUUCAGAACUCAAAGCUUAUUACACAUCAGCAAAUCCACACAGGAGAGAGACCUUAUAAAUGCUUUGAGUGUGGGAAAGGUUUUAUUCAAAAUGCAGCACUUAUUGAACAUGAGAGAACUCACACUGGAGAGCGACCCUAUGAAUGCCUCGAGUGUGGGAAAAGUUUCAGUGUGAAAUCAACCCUUAAUGCGCAUCGGAAAACCCACACAGGAGAGAGACCCUAUAAAUGCCUUGAGUGUGGGAAAUGUUUUAGUGAGAGCACAGGACUUGUUAGACAUAGGAGACUCCACACAGGAGAAAGACCCUAUAAAUGCCAGGAGUGUGGGAAAAGUUUCAAUGUGAAAUCAACCCUUAAUCUACAUCAGAAAAUGCACACAGGAGAGAGACCCCAUAAAUGCUUGGACUGUGGGGAAAGCUUCAUUCAGAAGUCAAAGCUUAGUGAACACCAGAGAGAACAUCAUGGAGAGAGACCAUAUAAAUGCCUCGAAUGUGAGGAAAGUUUCCCUGACAGAAGAAAACUUACUAGACAUCAGAGAAUCCACAGAGGAGAGAGGCCCCAUAAGUGCUUUGACUGUGGGAAAAGCUUCAUACACAAGUGCAGGCUUAUUUUGCACCAGAAGCGAGUGCACACAGGAGAGAAACCCUUUAAAUGCCAUGAGUGUGGGAAAGGUUUUAGUCAGAGUGAUCAUCUUAUUACACAUCAGCGAACCCACACAGGAGAGAGACCCUAUGGAUGCCCUGAGUGUGGGAAAACUUUCCGUUACCGCUCAAAUCUUACUAGACAUGGGAAAAUCCACACCAGAAAGAUGCAUUAUAAAUGCCUCGACUGUGGGGAAAGCUUCAGUAAGAGCUCAGCGCUGACCAAGCAUGAGAGAAGCCACAAGGGUGAGAGUCAGGCGGGGCCCCGCAAGACCCUCUACGCUUAUUUCUACCAGUUUAAGUUAAAAACUUCCCCGAAGCGCAAAUUCUUCCUUGUCCUUAGACAGUACUGCUGCUCCCACCAAGCCCUCUACAGGGACGUCAUGCAGGAGAACUAUGAGACGGUGACCUCGCUGGGAUUCCCCGUUCCCAAACCUGACCUGAUCUCCCAUCUGGAACGAGGGGAAGAGCCGUGGGUCCCAGAUCUCCAGGCCUCUGAGGAAAGUGUGAGCCCGAGAGGCACCUGCACAGCAGGUGAUAGGACAGUGAGUGAGAACAAGGAAGAGAAUCAGCAGCAGGAAGGUCCUGAGCAAGUGGAACCGCAUGAGAGGUUUUUGAGCAGAGCUGAAGGGAAUUUUUCCCAGUGCUUGGAACAGGGAGAAGCCUGGGGAGAUCAACACGCAUCAGAGAUGCAGCCGGGAAACUAUCCCAGGAAGAAACUGGAUGAAUCCUCUGAAUGUGAUGAAGGAUGGAAGGAUCCCAAGGAAACCACCAUCCAGAAGACAAGUCACAAUGAAGAGAAACCUUACAAAUGCCUUGAGUGUGGGAAAAGAUUCCAUUUCAGUGCAAACCUUCUUACACAUCGGAGAAUCCACACAGGAGAGAAGGCCUACGAAUGCUUGGACUGUGGGAAGAGCUUCCGUCAGAGGUCAGGCUUUACUACACAUCAGAGACUGCACACAGGAGAGAAACCCUAUAAAUGCUUUGGCUGUGAGAAAAGCUUCGUACACAAGUCCAGGCUUAUUGUACACCAGAGAGUGCACACAGGAGAGAGACCCUAUAUAUGCCGUGAGUGUGGGAAAGGUUUUAUUCAGGGCUCAGGGCUUAUUAGACAUGAGAUCAUCCACACAGGAGAGAGACCCUUUAAAUGCCAUGAGUGUGGGGAAAGUUUUAUUCAGAACUCAAAGCUUAUUACACAUCAGCGAACCCACACAGGAGAGAGACCUUAUAAAUGCUUUGAGUGUGGGAAAGGUUUUAUUCAAAAUGCAGCACUUAUUGAACAUGAGCGAACUCACACUGGAGAGCGACCCUAUGAAUGCCUCGAGUGCGGGAAAAGUUUCAGUUUGAAAUCAGCCCUUAAUGCACAUUGGAAAACCCACACAGGAGAGAAACCCUAUAAAUGCCUUGAGUGUGGGAAAUGUUUUAGUGCGAGCACAGGACUUGUUAGACAUAGGAGACUCCACACAGGAGAAAGACCCUAUAAAUGCCAGGAGUGUGGGAAAAGUUUCAAUGUGAAAUCAACCCUUAAUCUACAUCAGAAAAUGCACACAGGAGAGAGACCCCAUAAAUGCUUGGACUGUGGGGAAAGCUUCAUUCAGAAGUCAAAGCUUAGUGAACACCAGAGAGAACAUCAUGGAGAGAGACCAUAUAAAUGCCUCGACUGUGGGGAAAGUUUCCCUGACAGAAGAAAACUUACUAGACAUCAGAGAAUCCACAGAGGAGAGAGGCCCCAUAAGUGCUUUGACUGUGGGAAAAGCUUCAUAUACAAGUGCAGGCUUAUUUUGCACCAGAAGAGGGUGCACAUAGGAGAGAAACCCUUUAAAUGCCAUGAGUGUGGGAAAGAUUUUAGUGAAAGUGCACAUCUUAUUACACAUCAGCGAACCCACACAGGAGAGAGACCCUAUAGAUGCCUUGAGUGUGGGAAAACUUUCCGUUACCUCUCAACUCAUACUAGACAUGGGAAAAUCCACACCAGAAAGAUGCAUUAUAAAUGCCUCGAUUGUGGGGAAAGCUUCAGUAAGAGCUCAGCGCUGACCAAGCAUGAGAGAAGCCACAAGGGUGAGAGUCGCUAGGAAUCGCUUGACUGCAGGAAAAGAUUCAAUUUGACUUGACACUUCAGUGACCCACACAACAGCGAGACUUUGAAUGUGGGGGAAGGUUAAUUUGAUGCUCCCAGAGUAUCAGGCAUCUGCAAAUCCACACAGGGAAGAAACCUCUGAGAUGUUCUCAGUGUGGGACAUGGUCCAAGGGGAGCAAACAUAAUAUUGGACGUCAGAGACUCCUCCACACAGCAGGGAAAUUUUCUCAGGGCCCUGACUGGGGCCAGUCAUGGUGACAAACCCAUUUCCUCGUUCCCACACACACCAGGGGUGUUUGGCUCCCAAGGAUCCAGCUGCCCAUCGCUGGGGGGAGGAUCCAGCAGCAUCCGAGCAGCAGCUGGUCAGGGACCCUCUGGCUCUGCCUGGUCUCAGCAAACCCCAGGCAGAGGAGGAGAAGCCCCCAUCAGCCCCUUCCUCCCUGCUGCAGCUCUGGCUGCUGAGCUGAUGGGCCACGGGUGGGGGAAGGGAGAGAGAGAAACUCCUCCAGCCGCUCCCUCUGCCUGGCUGAAGUCCCCCCCUCUCCCUUCCCCUCCCAGCCGGGAUCCCCCUGCCAUGGAGAUGAGGAGAAGGACACUAGGGCCAGGCCCCACCUUCACUCUACACACUGGUCCCCACCCCCCAUCUUCCACCAGCCCCCAGGCUGGGCUCCCCCAAUGACCUGGAGCUGUUUCCUCUAUGGGGAGUGUCUCUGGGGGCUGGUAACUCCUCCCCUCCCCGAAUUCCCCAGGGCGCUGGGCUCUGGGGGAUCCACCAUUAAGGGACCAGGGCGAUGGGUUCUGGGGAGGACACUGGGGGUUGAAUGGCUGGGGCUGGAGUAGCUGGGAAGCAGGGGGAGCUGGGUGCUGGGCUAUCGAGUGUUUGGGGAUCAUGGGAUAAGAGGUGAGGGAGAGCACAGGGGUAGAGAGGUGCUGCCUCAUCACUCACCCCCUCUGCCCCUUCUCCCUGCCCCCGCUGCAUUCAGACAGCACCAUUAGCAGAGACUGAUUCCCACAGGGCCUUUAGUUGGCAGUCUGGAUUUCCCACCUCUGCUACAGCAGCAUCAGCCUCUGAGAGGGAAGCAGCGUUGCCUAGUGGAUAGAGCACUGGCCUGGGACUCAAGAGAUCUAAGAUCUAUUCCCAGCGCUGCCAGCAGCUUGCGGGAUGACCUGAGACAAAUCUGUGCCUUCCAGAGAGGGAAUGAAUGGGGAGUGAUAAUAUCAGCCUCCGAGCGUCUGUCUAGGGCAGGAGAAAUGGUUGGGAUUAGCUGGUGCGUCUCCUUUGUUCCUCCACCUCUUUUUCUAAUCUAGACUGACCCUGAGCAGUUUAUUCCAAUCCCCCAUUAGCAAAGUGAUUGUUAGAGUCACUAAGUCCCCCCUUCGCAGUGAGAUUGUUUCAUUCCCAGACAGCCUCACAUUGCUCCAGGUUCUGCUGAAAAGCAUUUAACUGUUUGUGCUGUUUCUCCCUUAUCCGCCAGCAUUCAAUAGAGUCUAAAAGAGCUGGAGCAGGAAUAGCAAAAUAAUGUGGUGUUUUAACUUCUGUGUUAUUUGAGAGGGACAGGGUGAGUCUGGGGGAUUCCCUCCCGCCCCCAUCAAGCUCACACAUCUUCUCUCACAGAGCAGCCUCUGCCCAAGCCGUGCAGAGUUUAUCCUUUUCCCUUUCUACCCCUCCACCUUCACGUGUGUCAUUUACCACAGUGUCCUUUCCCACCAUGCUUAGGAACCAGGCUUUGAUUUCUUUGAUCCUCAAUCAGGCCCCUGAGGGCUGGAGAAGAAAAUGUCCCAUUCCUGAAGGGGGAAUUGAAAUUAACCCCAAAGCACAGUUCGAGCUUCAAGCCCAGCCUCCAGCUAUUGGUAAAGUGGCAUCUGGAGUUUUUCCAGCCAAAUCCAGAUCAUUUGUAGAUAGGAAGUUUUUGGUGGUUUGGUUUUUUUCCUCUUUCUUUUGUCACAAGGAUGCUAAAGCUUUUGUCAGUAACCAGCCAAAUAAUGCAGCGGUGCUGAGGAAAGGAGCUUUAGCCUGUUCAGCAGGAAACGGGCAAAUUUGUUCCCCAGAUUUUGAGUUUUAGGAUUCUCUGGGAUUUCACUUCAUGAACGGGAAAGUGGUUUAUAGCCCACCCUGGAGUGUGGGUUUUUCUCUUUUUGGUGAAGGCUGUUCUGUCACGUAUUUGACAUUAAAUUAGUUUGAUGGGAUGUAGCUCAGAUUUCUUGGGGACUUCAAAAGAGAAAUGAUAAUUUGCCACAAUAGUCCUUACUGAUUUUCUUUUCACAUUGGAUUUGCUGCUUCUUUGAACAGUGAAAAUGACCAGUGUCUGUCAGCAAAGCACUGAGGGUGAGUGCUGGAUACGCACUCCAGUCAGGGACUGCAGUGGGGAAGGAAGUGACUGUCUGAUCCCUUUGGAGAUGUGAGAUACAGUCAGGAGGGCGAGAGGGUGGCCGGGUGGGCAUGGCCUUCAAAGGGCACUGUUUGCUCUUGCGAGCCAGAGAGCUGAGUCUGAGAACUGUGAACUCACUGCACAUGUCCCAGAGGGAGAGGAAAUGUCCUACAAGUGCUGGGGGAAGUCGUCCUUCAACUGAAGGGCUACAAUUGAAGCCCCAAGAGGACUUAUGUGGAGAGGACUCAGCGACUCCCUGUUGCUGAGAGGAGGAGGCCGGGCAAACGCCUCUCUCAUGGAUUAUUAGCACUUUUCUACCAGCUUUAACUUGUUCCUCUUUCCCUGGGGCACCUGGGUGGCUGGAGCAGCAAUGUGCUGAGCUGGGGCUGAAAUCCACCGUGCUGAGCUGGGCGUUGGAUGCCGGUGGGGAUUGGUAUUAACUUUUAUUUCUUGGUUUGAAUAGAAUAAAGUAGAAUUUAGUUUCUCGAA